AUGGCAGCUGAUGGCCUCGAAGCCUCUUCCCGGGUCAUCCUCAAAGGAUCCGGUAACUGGGACGUGUGGAUCAGUGUAAUCCGCAAGUUCGCCAAGAACCAGCAAGUCUGGGACUACAUCAACCCCGAUGUUGUACAGAAGCCGACUGUCUACCCACUUCGCGAUUCCUUCAUCCUAGACUCUGGAUCCGACUUUCAUAUAUGCAACAAUUCCAAACGCUUCGUUGAAGGAUCAUACAAGGUUUGCGACAAUACCGAAGGCGCUUACUCUGGAGACACACACCUCGAAAUCUAUGGAUAUGGUGAUGUGAUCAUCCGGAUUGGCAAAACGGACAAAUUCAAGCUCCAAAAUGUAGCUUACAUUCCAAGAUUCCACACAAACGUUGCGUCCCUAGAUCUCUUCCUCCAGAGAGGAUACAACUGGAACCCAGCAACGGGCGCCGUCACAAGAGACGGAAAGACGAUCUUUCGCACAGAAAGGAGAUAUCGCCAGCCUGUCAUUGAAUUCAACCAAGUCGAUUACGAAUCGCACAUGCCACUGGCAACCGCUUUCACCUCAUCCACGCAGCCGAGACCCGAGUCCGCUGCAGAAGCCACUCAAUGGCACCAACGCCUAGGUCAUCUUGGGUCUGAAGCCCUUGAGCACCUAGUUCAACAAACAACCGGAGCCAAAAUAAAAGGCCCGCUCAAGAUCGAGUGCAAGGACUGCGCCGUCGCCAAGGCAAAACGCAUUGUCUCGCGACGAAGCCCGCAGACAAAAGCACCACGACCAUUUUGGCGCAUCUACGUUGACAUCUUCGCCAUGAGCGACGGAUACAACGGAAUGAAACACGCCGUGCUGAUCCGAGAUGAAUACACAUCUAUGAUCUACAUCUACCUCUUGAGAGAUGCAACCACUGAAAGUAUCCUCGGAGUGUUAAAGGCCUUUGAAGCCUACAUUCGACGACAGUUCGACACAUCGAUCUGCCUCGAUGCGGUCAACGCGUUCACAAACAGCGUACUUGACGAAGACGUAUUUGUUCAAUUCCCAGACGGCUAUCGCCGCAGAGGAUGGGUCCUGAAACUGCUACGAGCAUUAUACGGACUUAGACGGUCGCCUCUGCUAUGGCAGAAAAACCUGACCGCAGCCUUCGCGAAACUUGGCCUCAAACAGAGCCAAGAGGAGCCAUGCCUCUUCACAAACAGCUGGCUCACAGUUUUCUUCUUUGUUGACGACAUCGUCCUGCUGUACCGUGCAAGACACCAAGACGCCGCAGACGAAUUCAUCGUCAAACUGAAGACCCAAUAUGAAAUGAAGGACCUAGGGGAACUCAAGUGGUUCCUAGGCAUUCGUGUCCUGAGAGACAGAGCAGCUCGCAAGCUAUGGCUCUGCCAAGACUCAUACAUCGAAAAGAUCGUAAACCAAUAUGGGAUCACUAAGCGUGAUCAAUUCAAAGGAAAUCUGUUCCCCACAAACGACUUGCAACUUCGAAAGGACCAGGCAAAACCAGACCUUGUCCAUCGAAAACGGGAAAGCAAACCACAAUUGAUCGAAGCUGAUCUCCCACGCUUGAAGACACAGCUCAAGCACGUAGAUGUUCAUAACUGCUGGGCAAGACAGGCCUAUCAGCAAGGAGAAUUCCAAAUCUCAUACACGCCAACCACUGAAAUGGUCGCGGACGGUCUCACGAAGAUCUUACCAGGCCAGAAGUUCAAACAUUUUGUCGAACAACUCGCACUUGGCAGGAAAGCAAACCACAGUCACGGCCUCAUCAACAGAGGCAGAACUGCUAGCAGCCAAGAGGAGCCAUGCCUCUUCACAAACAGCUGGCUCACAGUUUUCUUCUUUGUUGACGACAUCGUCCUGCUGUACCGUGCAAGACACCAAGACGCCGCAGACGAAUUCAUCGUCAAACUGAAGACCCAAUAUGAAAUGAAGGACCUAGGGGAACUCAAGUGGUUCCUAGGCAUUCGUGUCCUGAGAGACAGAGCAGCUCGCAAGCUAUGGCUCUGCCAGGACUCAUACAUCGAAAAGAUUGUAAACCAAUACGGGAUCACUAAGCGUGACCAAUUCAAAGGAAAUCUGUUCCCUACAAACGAUCUUCAACGUCGAAAGGACCAGGCAAAACCAGACCUUGUUCAUCGAUAUCAGCAGAAGGUCGGCUCCGUCAACUAUGUCGCCGUCAUAACGCGAGCCGACAUCGCAAAACCGAUAUCCAAGCUUGCAGAAUUCCUGCUCAACCCAUCAGACCAGCAUGUCUACCUGGUGGAUCGCCUAAUGGAAUAUCUCUGGCCCACUCGGUUCCUUGCCAUUCAAUUCAAUGGAACAAGUUGCUCCGCGGAAGUGAUCAAGAUCAACCACUGCAGCAUUCCACGAGAACUCCGCAUCGCAUCAGACGCUGCAUUCGCCGACGAUCCGGAGACCCGAACAUCAUCGCAAGGAUACAUCAUAAUCCUAUUCGGAGGACCUGUCAGUUGGAAAACAGGAAAGCAAACCACAGUCACGACCUCAUCAACUGAGGCAGAACUGCUAGCGUUUACUCACACGGCCAAGGAGGCAAUUGCCACACAACGUCUAUUUCAACACAUUGAUCUUCAACUAGACCAUCCACUCCUUAUCGAAUGCGAUAACAAACAAACAAUUAGAUUGAUCGAAGCUGAUCUCCCACGCUUGAAGACACAGCUCAAGCACGUAGAUGUUCAUAACUGCUGGGCAAGACAGGCCUAUCAGCAAGGAGAAUUCCAAAUCUCAUACACGCCAACCACUGAAAUGGUCGCGGACGGUCUCACGAAGAUCUUACCAGGCCAGAAGUUCAAACAUUUUGUCGAACAACUCGCACUUGUCGACAUCAGAAGUGUCCUUGAGACACACGAAGAAUUCGAUAGCGACUGA